GUUUCGGGGCGUGGCCUCCGCCGCGGCAGCCCCCGCCCCAGCUCCUCCUAAGCGCCUGGGGGCGCUGUGGGUCGCUUUGGGUCGCGGGGGCGCUCUUUCUCAGCAUUGUUGUUUCGUACUGAGGCUUUCGGGACGGCGGCGGGAAGAUGGCGGCCUCCAGGGAUGGGUUUGAAGCUGUGGAGGCGGAGGGCAGCGCAGGGUGCCGGGGAAGCUCGGGAAUGGAGGUGGUGUUUCCUUUGGAUCCUGCCGUCCCCGCCCCGCUGUGCCCUCACGGACCCACUCUUCUGUUUGUAAAGGUGACCCAAGGGAAAGAAGAAACUCGGAGGUUUUAUGCCUGUUCAGCCUGUAGAGAUAGAAAAGACUGUAAUUUUUUUCAGUGGGAAGAUGAAAAGUUGUCAGGAGCUAGACUUGCUGCCCGAGAAGCUCAUAACCGAAGAUGUCAGCCUCCCCUGUCCCGAAGGCAGUGUGUGGAAAGGUACUUGAAGUUUAUUGAGUUGCCCUUGACUCAGAGAAAGUUUUGUCAAAGAUGUCAGCAGUUGCUGUUACCAGAUGACUGGGGGCAACAUAGUGAGCAUCAGGUUCUGGGUGAUGUGUCCAUCACCCAGUUAAGAAGGCCCAGUCAACUCCUUUAUCCACUGGAAAACAAGAAGACAAAUGCCCAGUAUCUGUUUGCUGAUCGGAGCUGUCAGUUCUUGGUAGACUUACUUUCUGCCCUCGGAUUCAGAAGAGUACUGUGUGUUGGAACACCAAGGUUGCAUGAGCUGAUCAAGUUGACAGCAUCAGGUGACAAGAAGUCUAACAUUAAAAGCCUUUUAUUGGAUAUUGAUUUUCGGUAUUCACAGUUUUAUAUGGAAGAUAGCUUUUGCCAUUAUAAUAUGUUUAACCAUCAUUUCUUUGAUGGAAAGACUGCCCUUGAAGUAUGCAGAGCAUUUUUACAGGAAGAUAAAGGCGAAGGAAUCAUUAUGGUGACAGAUCCUCCGUUUGGUGGCUUGGUUGAACCUCUGGCUAUUACAUUCAAGAAGUUAAUUGCUAUGUGGAAAGAAGGUCAAAGCCAAGAUGACAGUCACAAAGAACUACCCAUUUUCUGGAUUUUCCCCUAUUUUUUUGAAUCCCGAAUUUGUCAGUUUUUUCCAAGCUUCCAGAUGCUGGAUUACCAGGUAGAUUAUGAUAAUCAUGCACUUUAUAAACACGGAAAGACAGGUCGAAAACAGUCUCCCGUACGUAUUUUCACCAACAUUCCACCCAACAAAAUAAUCCUUCCUACUGAAGAAGGGUACAGAUUUUGCUCUCUGUGUCAACGGUAUGUUUCUCUAGAGAAUCAACACUGUGAGCACUGUAAUUCUUGCACAUCCAAGGAUGGCAGGAAAUGGAACCAUUGCUUUCUCUGUAAAAAGUGUGUAAAGCCUUCCUGGAUCCACUGUAGCAUUUGCAAUCACUGUGCUGUUCCAGAUCAUUCUUGCGAGAGCCCCAAAGAUGGCUGCUUUAUUUGUGGUGAAUUGGAUCAUAAACGCAGUACUUGUCCUAACAUUGCUACAUCUAAAAGAGCUAACAAAGCUGUCAGAAAGCAGAGGCAAAGAAAAAGUAAUAAGAUGAAAAUGGAGACCACGAAAGGACAGUCCAUGAAUCAUACAUCUGCUACAAGGAGAAAGAAAAGGAGGGAAAGAGCCCAUCAAUAUCUUGGCUCUUAAAUGUCCAGUGACUGGAGAAUAAGAAAAAUUUAUGGUCCAACCUUUGAUGCCAUUUUCUGAAAGUGCCACACUGGACUUAAAUUCAGCUGCUUCCAGAGGUGUGCACCUUUCUGAGCUAGAUAACAGGCAGGUGGCAUUUGCUGGCUUACAGUCCCUUAUCUGCCUCUCUGGAGACUUGGGGAGUUAUUCCAUCUUCAGCCAGUUUACUAGUUCUUUCAGCAUUCAUUUUUCCUCACUUUAAGUCUCUCCCACUCACAUUGUUCUAUUUUUAUUUUUUUUGAGAUGGAGUCUUGCUCUGUCUCCCAGGCUAGAGUGCAAUGGCACGACCUCAGCUCACUGCAACCUCUGCCUCCCGGGUUCAAGCAAUUCUCCUGCCUUAGCCUUCUGAGUAGCUGGAAUUACAGGCACACACCAACACGACUGGCUAAUUUUUGUAUUUUUAGUAGAGAUGGGGUUUCACCAUGUUGGCCAGGCUGGUCUCGAACUCCUGGCCUCAAGUGAUUUGCCUGCCUUGGCCUCCCAAAGUGCUGGGAUUACAGGCAUGAGCCACCUCACCCAGCUCCAGUCACAUUAUUCUAGCCUCUUUUAUCCAAAAAAUGGGCAGACAGCAUUCUUUUGCAGAAGACGUCAGAAGAAAAUGAAAGUGAAAACCUAUGCAGUUUGUUUACCUUGAACAUAAAAGUAUGUUAAUUUAAAUAGGAAAAUAUUUUAUGUUAAAUAUGAAACAAUAGUUUAAACCCUACUUGAAAAGAAAAGUACAGUGUACAAUUAUUUUGAGACUGAAUUUGAAGAUGAUGGAAAGAGUUUUUACAAAGGCACUGUUUAGAUAUACAGAUUGUAAUUAUAAUUACAUUAUUAUUAAAUAUUUUUUCUCCAAGUA